AAGGAGUCUCGCGUUUCGUGCCGUCGAUCGAAGUGACAGUGAUUAAAUGAAGAAAAAUCCUUAAAAGAAAUGCAGAAGGGUGAUCGUGACGUGACGUGAGCCUCCAGUGAAAUGUUAUUUUCGUCAUCCCAUGUAUCCGUAUUUUAUUACCAUACUCAAGUGAUCCAUAUCCAACGAGAAAUAAAGAAAUCUCGAAUACUGUAUUCGAAUUAAAACACAGACAAAAUGGGAACCAGAUUCGCUGCCUAUUCGUUAAAAUUGAGUAACCUCCACGAAUAUUACCAAAGACUCCUUCACAGUGGUCACAGUAGCCAACCUGUGCCUUCCGGCCUCGACAUGGCAAACACAGUGAAGUUCUUCUCCCAAAUGCUGCUGUCUCUGUUGAAAGAAGUUCGCGAAGCUCCUCUAGAAAUGGUAAAGUCGCAGAAGUUCGACACGGAACGCAUGGCACUCUACCCGAACUUGGAUUACAAACAGCUGUACAACGCUCUGACACAGUUGAUCGACGUGGUUUCGUCUAUUCACAUCGGCCUGCAAGCAUUUGGUCAGGCGCUGCUGCAGUGUCUGGCGUGUCUCUUGCCUUUCCUGGAUCACGAUUUGAUCGACAACGUGCCCUACCUGACUGCCAGCUCGAUCUCUGUGCUUCCGUCGGAGCUUCAUCAGGACAUUGUCAACUACCUCUGCUUCUACAUCCUACCGUUCACCAUCACAAGGAAGACCGAGGAUGGGACGGAAAACGCGGCCAGUCAGUCCAUAGCUGCAGUCAUCAUGAUGAUCUUCCACUAUUCCAACAACCCAGCACACCACUGUCAACUACUGGAGUGUCUGAUGGCACUGAAACCAGGCGUGGUAAAGGACAUCCUGUGCGUGGUAGCCUACGGCACAGCCCCAGCCAGAGCCUCAGCCGCCAAGUUGCUGUUCUACUAUUGGCCAUCGUUCAACCCUAACCUCUUCGACCGCAGGGCAGUCCUCGUUAAAUUUGCGAACGACCUGACACCGUUCGUCUGUCAGAGAGACUCCUGCCCUAACGCUGGGAACGCAGAAGCUGGCAAGGUGUGCUACGAUCAUCGAAUAUCCAUCACCUUUGCCACUGAGACCCCGCCACCCAUAUAUCUCUGCAUCGAGUGUGCCAACGAGAUACACAGGGCCGAUCCUAAUCAGAUGUUCUACGAUAUUUUGCAUCCCAUGCAACAGGUGUCCAUGAUAUGCGAGAACAAGAACUGCAAAGCCACCGACAAAUCAGCGAUCAGCGUCUGUUUCUCCACCGAAUGCGCCAGCUAUAACGGGAACCACCCUAUUCGCUAUUGCCAGCAGUGUCACAAUAUUCGACACGACAAACGCCGAGGUGGGGACCACGUGUAUCACACAGCGUUACCGCACAUUUCUAAGUUGGAUCCUCAGACGCAGACCUAUAUGGUCCAGGCGAUAGUCAGCCUGCUUAAGGAAGCUGAACCGCUAAGUAUGGAUAGUAACCGAGACAUCUCGGAAAUAAGUACUAAUAAGGGCAGCACAGGAUUCCCAGGGAGCAGCGGCGUGAGCGGGGGUGGUUCCGGCAGUGGUAGCGGGGGUCAGUUCGAUUCGGCCACCCUGGAGGAGAGGCAGCUGCUAGGGAGAUACGGUGUCUGGCUGCUGGUGGGGCUUUGCACCCCGAACCAGGACACCUCGAUCGAAAUUCUCGGCCGUUUAUUGUCAAUGCUAUUUCAUUGGUUUCAUGUUACUGCCUACUCUUUCGAUGGUACUAAAAAAAGCCUUAUGCACCUUAUCUUUUCUGUUGGACAAGCGGAGAGCGCGCUGGAGAAAUUGAAAACCGAAUACGUGUGUGGAUGGCUGUCAGAAGUGAUGAAGACUCAUUACGAGGUCUUCAUUUCCUGCCUUCUUCCGCAUCCAGCGGACUAUGUUCGAGUCGGAGGACACUGGGAGACACUGGCUUCGAGAACGUCGCACUUGAAAGACGGCCUAAAUCGCCUAUUCUGCCUGGUCCCCUACGACGUGAUCACCCCAGACGUCUGGGACUACGUGAUGCCACACUGGAUGGAGGCCAUGGUGAACGACGUGCCAGAGUACGAGCUGCACGAAUUAAAAAUGAUCUUAUGCAAAAUCUUGGACCGAGACAUGAGUCCCCUAGGCUUCGACGCGAAGAAGAUGUACAACUUCGUGGCGAAACGCUUCGUGAACACCUGCGCGAAAGUGCAGGAGCAAGCUCUGAACUGGCUACAGACACUGACCAUGCUCGAGAUCAGUAUCCCUCUCUGUCAACUGUUCUCCAUGUUCAGCGACGGAGUGGCUGUGAUGAGCGCCAUGAACUCCAGCGAAUCCGAGCAGAAGCCUAGCAAAGGAACGAAGAAAGAAGACAACGAAGGGAAUACUAUAUGUUCUAUGGUUGAGAACGAAUCGGGAAAAUCGACACCGUUGUCAGACGACGUGGUGCCUACACCUAGACACAUGGAAUUCACUACGAAUGCCGAGCUGAACCUAUCCUGUUGCAUUCUCAUGCUUGACAUUCUGUUGAAACAGAUGGAGCUGCAGAACGUGGACAAGCACACAGGGAUUAACACGUGGGUGUGCAAGGAUGCGUGUCGUCUGAUGAAGUCGAUCGUAGCCGCGAGUUGGAACAACUGUCACGUGUGCAGUGCCAAUAGCGAGUGCACUUACUGCGAGUCUAGCGUGAUCUGGCACCAGUUAUGUCUACAAUUGGUCACCUACAUGGCACCGGAGAGUCCAGCUUACCCUCCCGACAAAAUCGUGGAUGACAGCGCGGACGAUCACGGUCGCAAGAGUCCAGAGACAUCUAGGAAAGGUGACUCGAAGUCUGACGUGGUGAUCAGUAUGCCGGUAGCGGAAACGCACUCGGUCGGUGGCGUUCUCGCGCACAUGCCUCAGAUCAUGACAGCCACAGUAGAGACAGUUUCGGAGCAGCUGGACCUUGCGGCUAUCAUGCCAACGGAAAAGGUCAUGUCGGCUGUUGCCCGGGCCGUUACCCUCUCAGAGACUGACGUAGCCACAGCAACAGUGAGCGUAGCCAAACCACGACUGAUAGGAGAGAACGAUCAGCCGCUGAAUCUCAGCCCAGAGAACGAGACAGACGAUUUCUGGCACACGUCUGUUGGAAAGUUUCGAUUCAAUAUCGAGGAUCUUCCCGAGCAGUUGCAGUAUAUACACAAGCUUCUAAAGGAGGUGAUGACGAUCGACAAGCCAGACAUCCUCUAUUACAUGCUACAAUGUCUAAACGUGAUGUGUCUCUACGGAGACGCUUUCAACAUAGCGGUGAAGGACCACCAAGGCUUCUUCAUCUGGUGCCAAGAAAAUCUGCUGAUCAAAAAUCUAUGGGAACUCCUAAACGCCGAGCACUCGCACAUAGCCCAAGUCACCGUGCCAUUGCUGCUACACUGUGUCACGCUACCCUGCGGGACUGACACUUUCUGGCGUCUGAUCCAGGAAGAGUUCCACAACCUGGACUGGCGAGUUCGGUUCGUGGCAGUCGAGAGAGUUACGCUGAUCGCCAGAUUCAUGGACUCGACUCCUCUGAGAAACGUGAUGAGCCUCCAGGCAGCUCUGGCGAACGCAUUCUGUUAUCUGAUCGCCAGCAUGGACGACAGCAACGUGUACGUGGCUCAGAGAUCCACCUUGUACCUUGGUACCAUUCACGACACAGCCAUGAAAUCGCUGAUCCUCUGUCUGGAGACCCAAUUCGACUCGGUGAUAGUGGAUCGCCCAAUGGUACUGCAGUCGUUGUACCAAUUGCACAACAGUCUCAGUGACAGAUCUAUAUUGACAUGGGAGUUCUUCCUGAACCGUUUCGAGGCUCUGUUCCUGGAGGCUCAGAUAAUCUUGGAGAGAUCCGGGGAUGUGCCCUAUCUACGCGAUCUCAGAAAUACGGAUCUAAACAGCGAGAUCUUCAUGAAGAAGCUGCACAGAGCUCAGGAAGCUCUGUCGCAGUCUGACGGGAGCGGAACCAACUCCAUAAAGACGCUGAGCGCUAGCUUCGGCACAAAAUGGCCGUACAAGCGCACAAUGUCCGCGCCUGCGUCGAUGAUUCCUCGCCAGGACACUAAACAAGAAAAGGAGAAGGUGUACAACCGGCAAUACUCGGCGCCUAUCCUGAAGCGCAAGAGCUCCAGAUUCGGACUGGGUCAGUUGCUGGGGCCCACCCCACCUAAUAACAGUAUACCAGAUGGACAUGUUCAUUCGUUGAAUAUGGUGGACGAAACUAGUGCGCUGCCAGGAAACACUCACAAGAUCGUGGACUUGGAAGAAGCUGACAAGGAGACCAUGCAUUUGCUGGUCUUCCUGCUAAUGCAGUUCCUUUCUAGACAGGACCAGGCCUAUCCAACGGAUGAGAAACCCCUAUCGAAGACUCAAGGAAUCGUGUUGCGCCAUCUGUACCUCCUACUAGGCUACAACCAAACUGAACGCACUUUUCAUACUUCACCGCAACGACUGAGGGUAUCUCCAGUGUUCAACGUCUUCAUCGCGAAUCUGCCUCAACUAUUAGACCAGAACCACGUGAUGGGAUGGGUGAUGACACCGCCUGUUCUAGCUAUUCUUCAGCACUGUCCUUGUCCUCCGCAAGGUAUGCCUCCGUCUGAUCAUCAAGCACCCACUUACAGCCUCUGGUACCUCGAACCUCAAAACAGACGUUCUUGGUUAAUGUCUCUCCUUGUCAUACUGUAUAAGUGUCAAUACGGCCAGCAGCCAUGGUGCAGUCAGCUGCAAGUGCUGAUCAAGAUCGUGUUGAACACUCUGGACACCCAGUACCACCAGUGCAAGAGGAUUCCAGCUACUGUCGUGAUGGGUGGCCCACCAUCCAGAUCACGCGACGUCUCACAACCGUCUCUGGGCGUAGACCACGAGUUAAUGGCCAGUACCGUGGGAGACCUGAACGCCGAGAGUCCCCCGAUAAGGACUCCCAUGGUGUCAGUGCACCAACGAAGUCCAGGGCCGACGCACAGUCAGAUGGAGACUCAUUGGGAGGAGAGUGCAACCACCUGUCGUUACACGAACAAGCACUCCAGCUACUCGAUCAAUGCGGAUGAUACGGAGUCCGAGCUGGCUGCAAUACCCGAGAGCCCAAAAUCUGACAGCACCUUACAUGGCAGCAGUGGGGGAUCGCUCGGAGAACUGGAGGAAACACCCACGUCUGUUAUCAGGAGUGUUUCUCUACAUGGAUCUAGGAUCUCGUCCGACAUGUUGACGAAAAUGGAAUGGAACAAUCAGAACCUUAUCAGAAAAUCGGAAGGGAUCAGCAGACCUACGUGGUUCCUUGGCAGCGAGGAGGAUUCUCACCAGAGUACAAGGACUGGGCCCCAGAAAAAGUGGAGCGUGCACGAGGGCGUGAAAAUGAUGGUGACAAGCACGUUAUUGAGUGGUCAGGCAGAUUUGCAGAGGUACACUCCUGGGUCGAGAAUGGAGAAAAUGACAGAGAGGAUAGAGAAGGGAAUCCUGGAGAAAGGGAUACCCGAAAAGUCAGCGUCAGAGAAGGCUGCCCAAGAGAGGAACGUCACUGUACAGAUCUCUUUUAACGGGGACACAGCUUCCUCGAAGCCUUUUGGGUUAUCUAGCGCUCUCGUCAGCACUCUGCCAGCCCAAGUCCAAAAAUACGAGUUCUCGAAGGACAAGAUGCCCCCAGCAGGUUCGAGCAAUUCGGAUUCACCGAAUUCUAAGCAACUGGGUCGUCAGAAGCGCAUAGAGCAAAGUGUGACCAUAUCCUCGCCUGUGUCUCCAGGCCAAGUGGUUACAGUGACGAGCAGCGACCAGUCAAGCUCGCCAGCAGUCAGCUCGAUCUCGUCUCAGAUCACGAGCACGGACAAUGGCCAGCAUCCAAGCUGGAACGACCCUCCUCAUCCGCUAACAGCGCCAACAGUCGAGAGACUCCUGCCUAUUGGAACUACGGUUCGCCCGGCUGGCUCGCGACCCACUCAACGAAUUCUCCGAUGCGAAGAUACGUAUGGCUCUCCCGAGUCGCCUUUAUCGAAGAUGGACGUCUUGACAGUCAGCUCUUCCUUCGAUCAGGACAGCGAAACGUGCAUGUCCAGCGACAUAACGAGUCCACGAAGCAUAUCGCAGUUAGAGUUCCCCAUGCCUGAACGACUGCUACCUGUUGGGCCUCACAGAGACUUCUCCUGCCUGGUUGAGCACGUUCGCCAGGCGCUCGGGGUCCACGAGAUGGAAGAUUCCAAUAAAUACAGCAAUGGGAGAGGAGAUGGUCAGCUGCCGGUGAAACAGGACAGCACAACGUCUGAGAAUAUGUCAGCAUCUCUGGUCCCAACGUCUAACGAGAUACACUCGAGUAGAUCGACGAGUCCAAGACGACUGAUCAAGCAGGUAGCUCUAGAAUCGCCGCCUCCAGCGAUCGAAUGCUUAGAUUAUCCCUCUAGAGCCUUCGACCCUGAUCGGAGAACCAGAGCAAAGGAUCACAUUCGUAUCCAACGAGACAAGCCUCGAAAGGACAGCAUCACUGGGCAAGAUGGUCCAAUGACCAGACGCACAGAUUCUUGGUCUGGUCCCCAACUGCAGCCAGCCUUCGACGUCGCCUCGCAACAGGCCUAUCACGCUGACUUCAGUCUAAAGCAGAGUCUGUUUCGCAUCGGAGAUGACUGCAUUUACGAGAGGUGCUCAGAAUGCGGGACGAUAAAAGAGGAGUACUCCGACGAGGAACUUGGACUGUGCAUCAUCAAUUUGGGCACGUUCAUCCAUCGCGAGCCGUCCCUGGCAGCCCCGCUCUUGCCAGAAAUUCUACGUGUGGUGACAAAGGUGGCCCUCAACGCGAUGUACCCUUGGCAGAGCGAGAGCAACAAGCAUCUGCCCGGUGGCGCAAUCAGCGUGGCUCACCAAUUCCUACGUUGCGUGCUGCACCAGCUGGCGCCUAAUGGCGUUUUCUUGCAAAUGUUCCAAACACAUCUGAAUGAGUCCACGAGGAUGCAGUUCUUCAAGAGCGUCACUCAGGCCCUGGCCGACUUCAACGAACUCACUCCGAUUGCACUUCUGCAAUUAUUCAUCGAGGCCCUGAACGCGAAGAAAUCCCUACCAAUGGAACGCUUGCCGAUUAUACUAUACAACAUAGCCUGCUACCUGGAUUGUCUACCUCUGGAAGCUGGUCUGGGUCCAGCUGCAACCACUUGGAGCGGUCUUCUGACACAAUUUGACGGCCUGUUCCGCAGACUCGUGCUGCUGCUCUCGUCCAUCGAGGACACCACUCCGUUAUUAAGGAUCAUGAUUUCUUUAUUGAAGGUCCCUGGUAUCCAGCAGUCGAAGGGCAUGUUGGAUCCCUUCGCCAAGGUGCUGAGCUACGCCAUCCAGAAUUCUAUCAUCAAGUACAGCUACCUGACGGAUCUGUGCUACCUCUGUCACAGAGGCUUCACCAGGGACAGGGACAAACACUUCUUCGGGAGAACCAUCGUGUUCGAGCUGAUCCAGGCGAUCAAGUUCAAGACCAGUAUACCGGACUCGAAUUUUCUCUUGCUCCUGCAUUUCGUGCUCCAGGACAUCGGUGGUUCGUUACCCAACACGAUCGCUUUGGAGAACGUCCAAACAGACAUAUCGCCAAUUUACAAUACCAACGCCUCCGAGUCCCUGAAGAAUCAGCUGUCAGACGUGCUCGACUUCUUGGCAGACUUUCACACUUUGAGUAAAGUGAAGAGCUACAGCAAGGGAUUGCAGGUGGGACUGAACGAGGACACGUUAGGCGGUAUAUUGAAAUGUGGUUUGGCGCAGUACGUCGCUCUAGAAAUUACGAGAGGCAAUAACAGGGAGAACAGAGCUGUGGCUAGGUAUCUGCCAUGGCUCUAUAGCGCUCCUUCGAUGAUACAGCAAGGAGCUCGCGAGUAUGUGGAUUGUAUUGGACACAUCAGAUUGCUAUCCUGGCUCCUGUUGGGUUCUCUCACGCACACCGCGAUGUACGCUGGCAAUAAUAAUACCCACACCCACGGACCAUCGAUCCAAUCUGCACAACCGAUACCACAGGAGGUUUCUUGCCACGUCGCGGAUCACGUGCAAAUUAUAUUCUCCGGGUUACCGGAACAAUCUAAAGCAUCGGUUUUACACAUGUCCUCGAUGUUCCAUGCUUUUAUACUGUGUCAGCUAUGGACGAUGUACUUGGAAGAGCUAUCUAAAAACAAUCCAUCGAACAGCGAGGGCCACAAUGUUACCAUGAAUAUUUUGCUGGAAUUUUGGGGGAAAAUAACACCUCGUAUAUUGCAACUGGUGGGAUACUCGAAAGUUGUAGCUGAGAUGGUAAACUUGCAUUUCUUAAGCCUACUCGAAGCUCUCCUAGAGUGUGGGUCUAUUUUGUUAAGUAAAUUGCUACCUCUCUGGAGCCCCAUCCUAUAUUCACAUCACGUUCAGCUACCAGGGCAUUUACAAGUGCGUUUACAAAAUUGUCGGGACUUCCCGCCCACCAAAAUGUCGGAAAACUUUGUCUCGUCGAGACGAGAAUCGAAUGCCACAUUGUUACGAUGGUUGCAUCGAUUGCAAUUCAAGAUGGGGCAGAUAGAGAUGCAGUCUUCCACGGCUACGCAAUUUUACUCGAUUUAAGGGGGAAGAAUCGAAGAAAAAAAAAAGAACUGUCUACUCGGGCAGAGAAUGUUUUAUAAAGAAUGUUUUGCGAAGAGGUUGAGUCCUAUAUUAUU